AUGGGUGAGCACGUUCGCGACUGGCUCCGGGACAAAGCCGUUGGAUGGAGCCAUAUGCCGCCAGUGAACAAGAUUGAUACCCAUCAUCAUUUCGUUCCACCUUUCUAUGCACAGGCUGUGGAAGAACAAGGGGGCGACCCCAGUGGCUGGCCCACUCCCAGCUGGAACGCUAUAGCAUCCAAACUGCUGAUGAAGCGAGUCGGUGUGAAGACUGCGGUGCUUUCAGUGACAGCUCCAGGUGCAUGCAUUGCCCCAGAGCGUCAAUCACGCGCUCAACUGGCCCGGAGAAUGAAUGAAUAUGCGGCAGACCUGCGGGACAAAGACCCCGACCACUUCGCUUUUUUCGUAUCUCUGCCCGAUAUACUUGAUACCGAGGACGCGCUCGCAGAAAUUGCUUAUGGACUAGACACCCUGCAUGCUGACGGUGUCACUCUGUUCACGCGCUAUGGUCCUUCCAACACCUAUCUCGGUCACAAGGACGUUGAACCCAUCUGGGCUGAACUCAACAGACGAGGCUGUGUCGUCUUCAUCCAUCCCACCCACCCUGUCGAUAUUCAUCCAGUCAACCCGAAGCUACCCCAACCGGCUAUCGACUAUCCUCACGAGACGACUCGCACAGCAAUGGACAUGAUUACCAGUGGCACCAGACUAAAGUACCCAAACUGUAAAGUCAUCCUGUCGCACGCAGGCGGGGCCUUGCCGUAUCUCAUCUCCCGGGUCACGACACCAAUGAAGAAGGCACCAGAUGUUGCAGUCUCAUACCGCAUAGGAACAACUCAUGACAAGGCGAUGGAAGCUUUUCGCAGCUUUUACUUUGACCUGGCGUUGAGUUCGUCGCCGCAGGUUCUGGACAUGCUGCUGAAGAUGGUUCCACACGACCACAUCUUGUAUGGAAGCGAUUUCCCAUAUGCGCCAAUCACUGCAUACCCAGCGUUUUUGGAGGAGCUGGAGAACUAUCAGAUGAGUCAGGAGUUGCGGGACAUGAUCAAUUUCAAGAAUGCCUGGAAACUCUUCCCGCGUUUGGCGAAUAGGACUGGCCCGGCUAUGUAG